GUCCCUAUUGCAUCGUCCCGGUAGAAUAAUGAGAUGAGCCUGUUUAUUCCAUGCAACAACUUGCCAUAGUGAAACUGAAGCAGAUUUAUCAAAGAGCAAUCAAAAGAGAGUGAGUCUCUUUUUCGACCCUUCCUUAAUAACUGAUCUUCCUAAAAAAUCCAAGCUUUUAAUGGCUGCCUUAUCAAUUGGGAGUCAUUUUUCACCAUCAUACCAUUUCAAGAAACGCUCUUUCCACUGUCCCUCCGUCCACUCGUUGCCUAGCUUUGGCUCUUCACUUUGUAGAAUCAGGGCUCCUAGGUUGCUUCGCAAUGGAGUUCUUGCUAGAGCUGAGGAUAAGGCCAGAGACUCUUCUUCUUCUCCUACAACUCAACAACAAGGUCAACCCAACAAGGAAAAGCAGCUUGAGGAGCUGACCUCACCAUCUGGAUCGUGUGAUCCUUUAUGUUCAGUUGAUGAAACUAGCUCGGUAGAUUUUGAAGCUACUUACCAGCCAAAGACUGAUUUGUUAAAAACUAUUGCGAUUUUCACAGCAGCUUUAACAGGGACUCUGGCAAUUAACCUGUCAUGGGUUGCUUCCAAUGAGGAUGUUGCUAUGGCAUUGCUUUUUGCAAUAGGAUAUGCAGGGAUUAUCUUUGAGGAGUCUCUAGCCUUCAAUAAAAGUGGAAUUGGAUUGUUGAUGGCUGUGAGUUUAUGGGUAGUGCGAAGCAUUGGGGUAAGAAUUUCUCAGAUAUCUUAGUGGACUGUGUUUCUC